UUGACUACUACCAACCAGACCGAAAUCGUCCUCUACACCCACCCUGACUGCCCUUUCUCCGCGCAGGCCAAGAUGCACUACCGCCGCCAGCGCGUGGCCUACACCGAGAUCGACGUCUCCAAGCAGCCCGACCAGGUGCCGGCCCUCCUCGAGCUCUCCGGCGGCGAGCGGAUCACCCCUAUCAUCGUCGAGAACGGCGUCGUCACCAUCGGCUUCGAAGGCGGCUUUUGA